ACAGCUCUGUGUGGAGGGCAGAGGGAAGUGUGAGCAACACUGUAGCCGCUGCUGCUGAUGCUGAUAACACGGCUUGUGCUGCCUCUGGUUUAGGGCUACGAGAGAGGGGCUGCCUCACGCCGCCUGCCUGCCUGCCUGUUUGAACCCAGGGUCGACUGCUUCUUGUCCAAGACCUUUCCAAGAAGCUGCCCCAUCUCAAUCUCGAGACCCCCUCCCCUCUGCCCUUGUCGCGGUUCAUCUAAAUUCCUGGGUGGUAUAUGGAUAGAAGUUCCCUGUUUCAGCUCAUACAAGAGCAGCUCGACCCAGAGAACACCGGAUUCAUCGCAGUGGAGAACAUCAGCAGCCUGCUGGAGCACCAUGAGCUGCAGCUGGACCCGUCCAAACUGGAGAUGCUGUUCGCGCUGGUGCAGAGCAACGAGGAGGGCCAGGUGUGCUACCAAGAGCUCCUCGAGCUGAUGAGCAGUAAACGCUCCAGCAGUUUCCGCCGGGCGAUCGCCAACGGGCGGCGCUCGCUGCAGAGGGAGAUCCUAUUGGACGAGACGGGGCUGGGGCUCUACAAGCGCUUUGUGCGCUACGUGGCGUACGAGAUCCUGCCGUGCGAGACGGACCGCCGCUGGUACUUCCACCAGAACCGAUUCUGCCCGCCCCCCAUCUUCAUGGCGAUCAUCACGGUCAUACAGAUUAUUGUAUUCCUCUGCUAUGGUGCAAUGCUAAAUAAGUGGGUCCUGCAAACCUACCAGCUGGACUUCAUGAAGAGCCCCCUGGUGUAUCACCCAGGGCACCGGGCGCAGGUCUGGAGGUUCUUCACAUACAUGUUCAUGCAUGUCGGGCUGGAGCAACUGGGGUUCAACGCCCUCCUGCAGCUGAUGAUCGGAGUGCCUCUUGAGAUGGUUCACGGCAUCCUCCGUAUCAGCCUCCUGUACAUGGCAGGGGUGCUGGCGGGCUCCCUGACGGUCUCCAUCACUGACAUGAGAGCCCCCGUGGUGGGGGGGUCCGGCGGGGUCUACGCACUCUGCUCAGCUCAUCUCGCCAAUGUCGUCAUGAACUGGGCUGGGAUGCGCUGUCCUUACAAACUGCUCAGGAUGAUCCUGGCUCUCGUCUGCAGUAAGUAGAUGCUCAUGUUCACAUUUACACAGUCAGGUAAGUGGUAAGUACUGUGCAGGGCAUGGCUGGAGUUAGUGCCAGUGAAGGGUGGUGGACCAACAGCACUGGAGACUCUUCCACAAGGCAGGUGCCUCUCCGCGAUGAUCUUGGAGCCUGUGAAAAGGGCUGACCGCAUCGGAGACUGAAGCAAUCUUUUCUAAAACCUUCCAAUGCAGAGCGUCCCUUUUCUUCUGAUUUAGGGUGUAGGUUGACUUUUUAAAAAUUAUUGUUUUGUCUUUCU